AUGGCUAACUUGAUUGGCAGGCGGUUGCCCGGCCGGCGUUCAGUUUCGCGGCGUGUGUCGGACUGAUCCGAUGCUCCGGGUUCGGGGACUGGCGGCGGUGGGAGCGGCUUUUGCCGGCUCCCCUGCUUUCGGUAAAGCUCGGGUUCACUGUGGCUCCUGCACCUUCACCUUCACCGACACGCAAGCGAAGCCUGCAUCCGAGGGGCUACCUGCAGAAGGAUCACCAGGACUCGGAAGGAGGAGCCGUUUUAAUUCCCAGCCUCUGCCAUUCUCAGCCUUCCUCACGGACAGAUUUGGUAGGCAGCACAACUACCUGAGGAUCUCGCUGACAGAAAAGUGCAACCUGCGAUGUCAGUACUGUAUGCCUGAGGAUGGGGUUAAGUUAACCCCAAGAUCACAGCUGCUCACCACCGAGGAGAUCAUCACCCUGGCGCAGCUUUUUGUGAGUGAGGGCGUGGACAAGAUCCGCCUGACAGGAGGCGAACCGCUCAUCCGGCCCGACGUGGUGGAGAUUGUGGGUCGACUUCGCCAGCUGGAAAACCUGAAAACGCUCGCUGUUACAACUAACGGCAUCAACCUGACCAAGCUGCUGCCCAGACUGAAGGAGGCAGGCCUCAACCUUCUCAACAUCAGCCUGGAUACCCUGGUCCCCGCCAAGUUUGAGUUCAUUGCCCGAAGGAAAGGUUUCCACAAGGUGAUCGAAGGCAUCAACAAAGCCAUCGACCUGGGCUAUAACCCCGUUAAGGUGAACUGUGUGGUCAUGAGGGGUCUGAAUGACGAUGAGCUGCUGGACUUCGUGGAUCUAACCGCUACCAAGCCCCUGGACGUGCGUUUCAUCGAGUACAUGCCAUUUGAUGGCAACAAAUGGAACUUCAAGAAGAUGGUGAGCUACCAAGAGAUGCUGAGCACCAUCAAGCAGAAGUGGCCUGAGCUACAGAAGCUACCAUUAGAAGACUCUGGAACUGCCAAGGCUUACAAAGUGCCCGACUUCCAGGGCCAGAUCGGCUUCAUUACCUCCAUGUCAGAACACUUCUGCGGCUCCUGCAAUCGGCUGCGACUCACUGCUGAUGGCAGCUUGAAGGUCUGCCUCUUCGGAAACACUGAGGUAUCCCUGCGGGAUGUGCUGCGCUCCGGAGCCACGGAAGCAGAGAUGCUCGAGAUCGUCGGAGCCGCACUGAGCAGGAAGAAAAAGCAGCACGCAGGAAUGUUGAACUUAUCACAGAUGAAGAACAGGCCCAUGAUCCUGAUUGCGGAAAGUGAUCCUGCUACUUCUGUGAUGACCCAACAGCUGCUGAAGAGCCCACCCACUGCUCCAGAGGGAAGGAGGCUUGGGAACACCUGGCUGUCAGGCAAGGGGGUCCUGCUGCCUCUGGCCAGUAGAGAUAGAUGGGCACUCAACCAGAGCUUACGGGCCCACAGCACGCAGAGUGGGGGGAGGAACGCCGACACCCCGGCCCAGCAAGAACAGCCAGCGAGCCCUGGCAGCAGCAAGAAGGCCGGCCGAAGUCCCGAGCGGCUGACGCACGUGGAUGAGCGGGGCAGGGCAGCCAUGGUGGAUGUGGGUGGGAAGCCGGACUCUCAGCGGGAGGCGGUGGCCCAGGCCACGGUGCGGUUGGGGGAACAGGCCUUCAACCUCGUGCGGGACAACCAGCUGCGGAAGGGAGACGCCUUGGUCACCGCCCAGCUGGCUGGUAUCUGUGCAGCCAAGAUGACCAGCCAGCUGGUGCCCCUGUGCCAUGCCGUGCCACUGCACAGAAUCCAGGUCUCCCUGGAGCUGGACCCAGCCCGGUCGGCCGCUGUCAUCACAGCGACCUGUGGGUCCCAUGGCAAGACUGGGGUGGAGAUGGAGGCCCUGGUGGCAGCUGCCUUGGCUGCCCUCACCCUCUACGACAUGUGCAAGGCCGUCACGCAUAACAUUGUGGUGGAGGAGGUCAAGCUGCUCAGCAAGACAGGUGGACAGGGUGGGAACUUCUACCGUGGGGCCAAGGACUUGACGGUUCCCAACUAAACCUCUGCCAUCCCAUCCACUCACCUCACCCCCCCCCCACAAAAAAAAACACACACACACACCAUGGUGCCAUCUGGGCAAACAUCUGGAUUCAAGGCCCAGUUUCAUGGUCUGGAACCUGCUGCCCUUCCCUGUGGUGAUGUGAAUUCAUCCAAGUGUAGAAUCUCCCCCUUUAGUCCAAGACAGAUUCCCAGUUGCACCCGUCUGAUCCGUGCUCUCUGGGAUAAUUAACAGCCGCUCGUUAAACUGCCAGCCCAAGCCUGAUUAGAGGGAACUGGUCAGGAUUGAAUGCGAGAGCUGUGCUGCUCUGCUGCCGUUCAGUCAUCCUUCAUGGGAUCUUGCUGUGCAUUUAUCACUGCAGAUGCAGCUCAGACUGUGCUGUCACACUAUCCACGUUCCUGAUGCCCUCAUUCUCCUCCACUCUAAUGAAUUAAGUCCCAGCCCGUCCAGCCUCUCGACAGUUCAAUCCCAUCUUGAUAACUCGAUCCCUCUAGUCCUGGCAACAUCCUGGAUCAUUCUGCAUUCUUUGACAGUUUACUCACACCCUUCUAGUAGCAAAGUGACCAAUACCAAACAUGAUACACCAAUGCUUUUUGCAUUAUAUGUCAGUGAUCUGGAUGAUGGAAUUGAUGGCUUUGUUGCAAAGUUCGCAGACAACAUGAAGAUAGCUGGAGGGGCACGUAGUCUGAGGAAGUGGAGAAGCUACAGAAGGACUGAUCGAUUAGGAGAACGGGUAAAGUAGUAGCAGAUGGCAUACAAUACAGUGUCAGGGAGAGCAUGGUCAUGCACUUUGGUAGAUGAAAGGGUUGACGAUUUUCUAAAUGGAGACAAAAUACAAAAUAAUGAGGUGCAAAGGGCCUUCGAAUCCUGCACAAGGGCUCCCUUAAAGGUUAAUAUGCAGGUUGAGUCAAAGGUGAGGAAGGUAAAUGCAAUGGUAGCAUUCAUUUCAAAAGGACUAGAAUAGAAAAGCAAGGAUGUAAUGUUGAGACUUUAUAAAGCACUGCUGCGGCCACACUGAGCAUUGGGUGCAGUUUUCAGGCCCUUUUAAAGGAUUUGCUGAAACUAGAGAGUUCAAGGAGGCUCACAAAAAUGAUUCCAGGAUUGAAUGGCUUGUCAUUUGAAGAGCGUCUGAUGGCUCUGGACCUGGAUCUGGAUUCAUUUGAACUCAGAAGAAUGAGGGGUGAGGGGUGACCUCAUCGAAAUCUUAUCGAAUGGUGAAGGGCCUUGAUAGAGUGGAUGCAGAGAGGAUGUUUCCUUUGGUGGGAGAGGACCCCUCAGAAUAAGAGGGGUGUCUUUUUAGAACAAAAAUGGAGGAAUUUCUUUAGCCAGAGUGGUGAAGGAGUGGAAUUCUUUGCCACAGGGAGCUGCGCAGGCCGUCUUUGUGUAUAUUUAAGGCAGUGGUUGAUAGAUUCUUAAUUAGUCAGGGCAUGAAGGGAUAUGGGGAAAAAGGCAGGAGAUUGGGGCUGAGUCAACCCUGAUGAAAUGGCGGAGCAGACUUGAUGGGCCAAAUGGCCUAGUUCUACUGUUAUAUCUUAUGGUUAUAUGCAUCGUGCGUGCAACUAUACCAUUACCUCCCAACUCUGUACUCUGCCCUGACUGGUGAAGGCCAAUGAUUGAUAGAUGGGAAAGGGCAAGCCUAAAGUUUAGACAGCAGAGGGGGAGGGGGGCACGAGGUAGCAGAAAGGGAAUGGCAGAGUCACGGUUGUGUCUCACAGUGUGUAGUUCACUAAGAUCGUGCGGACCACAUAUGUAGAUGUCCACAUUGGGCAUCUCAUGAUGGAGAUAGUGAUGGGGGUAUAGACAGGGCGAUGGGAGGCUGAGAUUAGGGAAGAGAUGUUCAGGAUCCAGGGAUAGAGCUUCAGCAUUGGUGGUAGAUGGCCAUUUGAUGGCAGACGAUGCAGAGAUUGUGUAGCCUGAGAAUGUGAUUGUAGAGAGGAGUGAGCUGCUCUUAUUCUGUAAUCCCACUACCCUCAAAUUGGAAUACCUGUAUUGCAAAUUGCUCUUGUACCCCUAGUCUUCGUCAAUUCAACACCGAUCCUAGGGCUUUAAAUUUUCCAUCAUCCAUUCCAGUGGUUAAUUUUCUUUCUUCUGACCUUUUGCACCUUGCUGCAGAUUUUUCAUCAAUACAGCAUGGAAACAGAGCCCCUCAGCACACCAAGUCUGUGCCAACCCAACAUCCAUUCGCACGGAGUUUUUUUUUUAUUCUCCCCCAUUCUUGUGAACAGUCCAUGGAUUUUGCUACUAUCUAGGGCCAAUUUAGGGACAAUUCAGCUGCCAACCCAGGAGAGAGUGCACACUCCACAUAGCACCCAAGGUCUGGAUUACUAGAACUGAGUCAAAGGUCACAAGUAAGACUAACCCAGUCUUUGAAAUGCACAUCUAGUAAACAUUGGUAUAUGCAAACUCCACAUGCAGGGCUUCCCAAUCUGGGGUCCAUGGCCCCCUCGGUUACUGGUGGGGUACAUGGCAUAAAAAAGGUCAGGAACUCCUGCCAUAUACAGUACAAUUAUACUUUCCUGACGGAGGCCAUUGACCCUGUUCAGAAUCCCCCGUAUGUGAAACAUCAGUAUUGAUUGUGGUUUGGUGCCAAGCAUAAAACACAGAACAAUACCAUAACAAGCAAUACAGUAGCCCCAAACACAAUAGUGUAAUCAACAAUCAGCAGAACAGUCUCAUGCAAAACUGUCAAUGAUGAAAAAGUAGUAUGAACACGUGAACAGAUUAGGUAAUUAUCAAUAGGAGUAGGAACGAUCUUUACCGAAUGUUGUGCAGGGACAGUUGAGGUAUUACACCUGAGCGAGUCUUGUGUUUAUCCUGCCUCUCAGAGCAUUCACUGUCUUUCCUCCUAUAACCUGUUCCCAUUAACACCAUUCUGAUUCACCUACAAGCCAUCGUCACAAGAGGUAAUUUACAGUAGCUAAUUAAUCUACCAGUCUGUCUUUAGGGAAGAAAAGACCACCUGGGAAUAAUCCAUGCAACCACUGGAAGGAAGUGCAAACUCCACACAGCAUCAGAGAUCAGGACCGAACCCAACUUGAUGAGACCUGCUGUGCUGCCUCGUCCUCACGAGUUCCAUAGCUCCCCUGUAACUGCCUUAUGGUUACAAGUCACUUGGGGCAUGUACAUCAAGUGUGUGGGGUGUGCAAGCAACUUGUGCCCCCUCAUUAAAGUUAUGGCUGUACACUGGAGACAUAGUGAAUGUUGGGACUGGAUCAAAUGUAACAGAUUUCCUUUGUACAUUAAAUUUUCAUCAGUGG